UUACUUUCGGAAAACGGUUUUAUUUGUUGAUUCUAUUCAACGGUUUUAUUGAAUUGAAUACAAUAACACUAAAACGUUGAGGUUAUAAUAACUCCUCUUCGCAUGUUCACGUAAGAAUAGUUAUAAUCUGGAUUGGAGUGACAUAGAAUGGCACUUGCUGGCGUGCCGGAUGAUGUGGGCCCCGAAGGGAUGCUAGCAGCUGCAGGUGUCUUGUCUCGACCCGCCGAGGAGUUCGAAAAUGAUCCGUCCAUAGAGGCCUUGUGGGCCAUGCGAGCCGUGGAGCACGCGGAGGUGUACUUCAACAUCCUGUGCUCUGUGGACCCCCGGCUGCUGCGGCUCACCCCGCACGACGACACCAUCUACCGGGAGUUCCGGGAGGAGUUCCCCGACCUGCAGGUGGCCCAGAUCCCCGAGGACGACCUCAAGUCUCCCGAGGCCAAGCAGAAGUGGCGGCCGUUCUGCGAGCGCUUCCAGGGCGUGAUCGAGGACUACAACCUGGGCACGCUGCUGCGCCUGGACGGCGCGGGCGAGUACUCGGAGCAGAACACGGUGCUCGUCACCCGCAUACAGUUCUACGCCGUGGAGCUGGCACGGAACCGCGAGGGGGUCAACGACGGCGUGCGCGACCGGUUCAAGCCGCGGGGCAGGCAGGGGCCGUGACGGCUCCUGGCGUCCUCGUCCGAGUCCAGUCACGCACUUUAUUGCUUCUCAUCUCAAACCCGUUAUAUUGUACAAAACAAAAUUAUUUUUAUUAAGUUUUCUUGAAAUUGAAAUAAAACUUAAUAUUCUUACAUAA